CUUCUCUCUGUCCCUCCCUCCCUCUCUCUCCUGCAAAUCUGUGCUCUCAGCCCUGUGCCUCCCUCUCAUUCACUCUCCCGGGAUGGGCUGAAGCCUGACUAGCUGACAGGAGGCACAAAGUUGUGAAGACAGGUAGGCAGGUACCCCCAUCUCUUCUCACAUGCGGUGUUCCGUACAGGUUCCGUAAUGGAUGCCGUUCUGCUGCGAAAGAUCCGUAAAAAGCUGAGACAAAUCGAGACCCUCGAGCACCUUCCGAGGGAACUAACAGCAAGCGAGAGAGAUAAGGUUUCCCGGAAAUUAGACCUUCGCUGUGAACUAGAGGAACUGCUGGCUAAGGGUGUGACUUUGGAUUCCAAGAAAGAGAAAGCACGUACCGAGGCCCCUGAUAGGUUGGCCUUACCUGUUCAUUCUGAACCUGCUGACAAUGCCUUAGAACCCUCCAACAAUCUCUCCUCACCCCCUGCUUCUAAAUCAUCACCAAGACGUACUCCACCCGUUAAAGAUUCUUUUCCUUUGCAAAACUCCAGGUUCCAUGUUCGCUCUUUAAAGGGACACAAUGAUAUGGUGACAUGUGCCCUUAUACACGGGACAUCGAUAGUAUCAGGAAGUUGUGACACAUCUGUCCGUGUGUGGGAUAUCUCUUCUGGAUCAGAGUUGAAGACAUUAUGUGGUCAUACUGGAGGAGUCACUUGUCUCACCCUUAUCUCUAAAGUUGGAGCUGCAGCGUUAAGCUCGUCUUCUGUAGCACCUAAUGAAGAGCUUGUUUCGAGUGGAUCGUCGGACUGCAGCAUCAAAGUGUGGAACUUGAAUACAGGUCACCAAGUGCUCAGUAUCUACACAUACUCAGGGGUCUCCUCUCUCACGCACAUUCCUGAUACGCCGCUCUUGGUAUCUGGAUCAGAUGGUGGGAAAGUAGAAGUUUGGGAUCUUCACACUCAAGGGACGGUAUUCUCCAAGCGAGCCCACGAUGAGGCAGUGACAGCCUUACAGGUUCAUUCUGAGUUCCUUUACUCUGGCUCAGUUGACGGCUGCCUGAAAGUGUGGCGGAUUUCCUGUUCAGGUUUGCUCAGUCUGUUGCACUCCAGUGACGCUCAGAUGCACUCUCUGCGAGGCCUGACCUCCCUCUGUGUGGCUGCUGGCAAUGUGUACAUAGCGACACGUAGGGCAACCAUGAAGGUGUUCAACUGGAAACAGGACUGUCUCACGCGUUUAUCUAAUCACCUUCACGACUCUGGUUUUGUUGAUUCUGUCGCUCUCACAUCAGACAAUCUUCUGAUCGCCUCUGGUUAUAAUAUUGACCACGGAUACGGAUACCUUAAUGUUCGUAAUGGAGACACGGGAAGGUACCUGGGCACGCUCUCACAUCCAGAUCUUCCCCGCAUCAUGUGUCUUUAUGCUUCCAAAAGACUAAAUGGUCGCUCCUGUUGGGUGACAGGGGGACGGGAGUUAUUGCUGUGGGAGGAAUGCCCAAAGGGGACCAAGCUGCAAGACGAAAAAGCUUUGCAGUUUCAGUUCUGCUCAGGUUUCCUGGAACCAGCUCCAGACACAGAAUCCGAGGAAGAGGAAGAUUUGGAUCUUUGGGAAGCCGAUGCAGAUUCUGCCUCCUGUAAUUCAGAGCAGGGGGAGACACGAGACUGGCGCUGGUGUGUCCUGAUCUAGCGAGCCCGGCAGCCUAUUGAUCUGACACAGGUUCCUUGUGCCUUAUGAACUACAUUUGUCACUUGCACACAAAUACGCUAAUAAAAAUGUGGGAAGAUACUAAAGCAGCUGUGUGCCCUGCUAAUGGCAUUGUCUUCCAUGGUCACUGGGCCAUAGAUAUUAUAUAUAAAUGUAUAAAUAUUUACAGAGCAUUGCAGUGCACAGAUUGCCGUGCUUUUCAGUGCAAUGAAGCUCCGCCCUGUAACCAUAGGUGCCCCCUCUACCCCCCGUGCCAUUAAUGGGCAUGUCUGGGUACCCAUAUGACCCUCAGUUUGGAAAGCUUGAUCCAUGAUCCCAGACUGUUGACUCUGAUUCUCCUAAACCAGGUAUAAAAGGAAUUUAUGAUUCCAUCAUCUCGUUACAUUUAGUCCACGCAUUACAUUUUAUCCCUAAUUACAACAUUUAUCGAAAUCCUUUAAUGACUUUCUUUACAUUCCCUUCAAAGCCUCCCUCUCUCCAGUGGUGAUUAUCAGUCAUUAUUUGUUGUUUUAUUAGACGAAUCAAUAUCCCCUGACCCCUCGGUUACAUGCAAAUCAAUGAAAGGAUUCUGUGCAAGGCUCGGAUACCGCCUUUCCUAUUCCUUCCCAUUGGUCUAUCCGCUCAGCCCCCAGAGGAUCCUCUCUCGGUUCCUACAUUCACUAUUUCUCUUUAUCAAAGAGCAUAAUUAAACAUUUCAGCUUCACCACAAUUUUAUUUUGUUUUGCGGAACAAGCUUCUCCGAGCCCAUUUAUAUCUGGGAUCAUUUCAUAUUUAUCACAUACAUGUGCUGCAACAAGCAAUAAACCUUAUUUCAGUGGUAA